AUGUCCAUGGGAAAUCACUCAGAACUAUUGCCUGAGAUGGCGUCCACAAUCUCUCUUCUUGUGUUGAGUGUGAUAAUUGGGAGUAUCCUGAUGUUGGAACUGGUUUCAUUUAUCAACUACACCAUGAAGUAUUCUAAGUUUCUAGAAGUCUGCACCAUUCUAGAAACGUUCGACUACCAUUUGCAACUGGGAACGUCUGAGUACCGGAAUACAGUGAAUGUAUCGAUCAUCGUCCUUUCCACGAUUACUCCAACGAUAUCACAGAUAGCGUAUAUGUACUGGAAAGACGAACCUGGAUUCACAGUGAGAGAGAUUUUGGCAUGUAUCUUUUAUGUGAAUGCACACUGCGGGCGAAUUGGUUUAUUAAUCCAUUUCCAACAAGUGAGCCAUGGCAUUACCGAAAGAUUAAGAUUCGUGAACGACAGGAUCAGACUGGAAGUGCUAACCCAAUGUUUUAGACGGACUCUCCUUCGCCAGAACCCGCUGUGUGCCAAUCCCAGCUAUGACUCUACAUCCAGUAAGAAGGUAAGGUCUCUCAUAAGCGCUUACCAUCUUCUGUGUGGCGCUGUGGGCCAAGCCAACGUCUUUUACUCCGAUCUACUCUUGGCCUCCAUAUUUUGUACAUUUCUCGACAUCACUGAAGCUUUAUAUUUAUUCUUACUCUAUGUUGACAAAGCAGACACAACGGUUAUCUGUACGGUCGCCUCCUCCAUUUUUCACGACGCCACUUUCCUGGUGCUGGUCACUCUCUCCGGCUCUGGUGUCUCCGAGGCGGCAGGUGAGACUGCACCGCUCGUCUGCAAGCUGAUCAGCCAGGACUUGGGCUCGGAACUGAGAGAAGAGUUGAAGUCAUUUUUGCUCCAGUUAGCCAAUCAGACUAUGGAAUUUUCUGCAGGAGGAUUUUUCCAAAUCAACAGACAAACGUUGACGUCAAUGAUUGCAGCUGUGACCACCUACCUAGUUAUAAUGAUUCAAUUUGACACCCAAUCAAACUAA